UGAAAUUCAUUCCCGUUCAAGGCUAGGUCGAGAACGGCCGCGUCCUCACUCGACGGCUUAAGACUGAAAUUUUUAAACAUCGAUUAUAUUUAUUUACGUAAAUCGAUUUAAACGCCAAAUUUGCUUCCCCUCACUAACUAAUCGAGUCGAUUUAUUUUCGUGCUCAAUAAUCAGUAUGGUUCGAUAAGAAUAUGGUUUCGGUAAUGCCUAUCGUUUUUUUAAUUAAUUAACACACGGUCAUUAUUGUUAUGUGAAUUUUUUUAGUGUCGUUUUUUUUUUUAAAUAUAAUAAUAUGGUUUUGGAAAAAUGGAUAACCCCUUUCAAGAGACAAUGUUUCGUGGUCGCUGGCGUGUCUCUGAACAUGUCGCAGCUUGGAAUGGUGUUUGGAUACGCUGCCAUUCUCGUGCCACAGCUGCGAAAGUCGGACUCGCUCAUACCAAUCGAUGAAGCCUCCGAAUCUUGGGUCGCUGCAUUGCCUGGAUUCGCUUUGGUGUUGGGAAACCUUGUGGUGCCACCGGUGAUGGCUAAAUUCGGAAGACGAAUAGCCAAUAUCAUCAGCAUAGUGAUCGUCUUAACUGGAUGGAUAUCCAUUACGUUAUCUACAGGCCUCACGCUGCUCCUCAUAGGAAGGUUCCUGCAAGGACUGUCCGUGGGCAUGGGUUCGUGUCUCAUUCCGAUAAUGAUAGGCGAAUACACAAGCUCAACGAGGAGGGGUCAAUUCUCAAUGUGCAUGUCGGUUAUAAUGGGCUUAGGUACGUUAGCAGUCCACACUGUCGGAUCCUAUUACUCGUGGAAAAUCACGGCCCUCGUGUGUUCAACAAUAACGUUCUUCGAUUUAAUAAUCGUCAUAUUAUCACCGGAAUCGCCGAGCUGGCUCGCGGCACAGGGAAGAUACGACGAAUGCAGAAGAGUGUUUAGAUUACUAAGAACAAUCGACGAAGAGGAGGAACUAGAUAAAAUGCUGGCGAAGAGUAAAGAGCUCGAAGAUGCGAAGAUCAUCCGUACCGGUUUCAUGGUUAAGGUCAAAGGAGGUUUUAGUUACAUAAACAAAACAAUAACUAGGAAGGAGUUUUACAAGCCAAUCUUUAUUAUGGUUCAUUUGUUUGCUAUGGGCCAAUGGGCUGGGAUCAACGUCUUAGCGCCAUUCACAGUUAACGUUAUUGAAAUCAUCGUCGGUAAGGACGUGAACAUUCCGCUAAUUACCGUCGCUAUCGACAUACAAAGAAUAAUAUCGUCUCUAUUCGCAGUUUACAUCAUAAAACGUAUAAAGAGGAGAACUAUGCUGUUUUCCACGUUAGGUUUGAACGCUGCUGUGAUCUUCGUUACGGCCGCAUACGUCUACUUCAAAUCCCGCGGUCAAUUGCCCUUCGACCAUCCAAUGAUCGGGAUAACUCUGAUACUAAUUCACAUGCUCUCGGUAGCGACGGGCUCUCUGCCUUUACCCUAUACGAUAGCGGGCGAAAUCUUCCCUCUGGAAUACAGGAGUCUGUCGAGCGGGAUAAGCGCUGUAUUCUGUUCGAUAAACAUUUUUGUUUCCAUCAAAACCUUACCGUAUUUAUUUAAAACGAUUGGAAUGCACGGAGCUUAUUGCCUGUACGGCGUAAUACUGGUCUAUUGCUUGACCAUAGCCUGGUUCUUCCUGCCAGAGACGAAGGAUAGGACGCUGCAAGACAUUGAGAACGAGUUCAGGGGGAAAGUGACGUAUCCUGAGGAUUUGAAGUCGGCGGAACCGUUGACGGUCUGGAAGAGUAAUGAGGAGAAAGCUUAGAUCCUACUGUGAUGGAUACAAAUAAAACAUAACAAUAUUUUAAGAUGACGUACUUAAAUUGUCAUUAUGAAGAAAACUAGGAACUUUUCUAUGGGAAAGUUGCCGUAAAAGUAUUCACAGUGAAAGCCAUUGAAAUAUCCGUGACGUAGCGUGUGAGACACGCGGCGUACUCAUAUCGAGUUUCACGAAUAUGGUACUAUUUAUGCAUAAACAAUGUUUAUUAUUAAUCUAUCAUAAGUUUACUUAAGUGUGACAGAUGUCAAGUUAUGUGAUAAAAUAUGUUUAUGUUAAUUAUUUAACUGUGUACUUAAAAUAAUUUAAAGUAAUACUAGCACUUACAAUUUAAGUAAUCACUUAAACAGAGUUAAAACUUAAAAAGAGUUUUUUGACUGGUGGUAGGACGUCUUCUGAGUCCGCACGGGUAGGUACCACCACCCUGCCUAUUGCUGCCGUGAAGCAGUAAUGCGUUUCGGUUUGAAGGGUAGGGCAGCCGUUGAACUAUACUGACCUUAGAACUUAUCUCAAGGUGGGUGGCGCAUUUACGUUGUAUAUGUCUAUGGGCUCCAGUAACCACUUAACCAAGGGGGCUGUGAGCUCGUCCACCCAUCAAAGCAAUAAAAAAAAAAAGGAUAUUUUGCCGUUUUAAUUAUUCCAAACAGAUAACGAGUAUACAGUUUGGUAGGUGUAUUGCGUAUAUGGACAAGCUCAUGGGUGUUUUGGUGUUCUCCUUGAACCACCAGAAUAACAGCCGCAUUAGUGAACGUCUGCAAUACCAGGGGCAGAGCCAAGCCGCUGCCUACCGUCAAUUACUCGCCACAAGCCUCGUUUGAAGAAGGAUAUGUCAUGGCGCUCGGGAAACACCGUGGAGGGGAGCUCAUUCCAAAGCCGGAUGGUACGUGGCAAAAAAGAUCUCUGGAAACGCACUGUGGACGAACACAGCGGCUCCAAGUAGUAUAGAUGAACUCUACUCCGGUGGCGGGCGGUGCCAUGAUAAAAACGAGAUGAUGUGAUCAUCUCAAACAAUUCCUCAGAGCAUGCACUUUCUUAGCUUUAUGAGUAGAAAGGUUAUUUUAAUAAUAUCCUGAAAAGCACCCCACGCUUUUUUACAAUAAAAACAUUUUUUCUCAAAUUAUUUUUAAUUCAAAUUUAUAAAAAAUUAUUUUCUAUUUUUUAAUUGGAUUUUCUAUAAACGCGUGUUCUGUUAGUUUUUUAAACUAUUAUUUAUUUUUAAUUUUUUAGUUGAAUUUCAAUUUUUUCAAUAUAUUUUUUUCGAGUUAAUCCGACCUUUUGAAGGUGGUCAAAAUCAUGUUCAAAGAUUCCGUUACAAAAAUACAUACAUACGUCUGAAGCUAAUAAAAGCUUAUUAAAAAGCACACGCCUUCGUUUCAAUAGGCUAUUGGCUUUUUUAGGGUGUAAGUAUCGAGUAAGGUCUACAGACCUAGCUUCUCAGCAGACGGAUGCGUAGAAUGAGCGAACUGACGAGUAACAUUAUUAACUGAGAUCAGAGUCCACGAACCGAGGUUUCCAUCGAAACUAUACUCCACACAUCCAAACGCAAAAUUCAAAGGAUAUAAAUAAAACGACACAAACAAUAUUUAUAGUUAUACAUUUUUACAUAAUUUUUUUUUUUCAAAUAAUACAGGCGGUUACAUAAUAAGAAAUAAAUAGUAUAAUAAAUCAUCGGAUUCAUUCGUAGUUUGUGAUGUAAAAAUUAUCACAUUACAUACGCAUAUAUUACUGUACAGUAGGGUAAAAUUAACGAAGCCACGAUACAAAUGUAGUAAAAAAUGAUUUUGGUUUUUUUUUUUUAGAACGCUGUUAAGACAUCAGUUUCGGUUAAUGCUCGUAGUCAAUCGUGAAUUAAGAAUGGCGUUUGUGACACGUUAAUGUUUAUAUUGAAUGUCGGUUGGGUCCAGCUUGGUCACUCUUGAAGUCGGUCAUCAUAAUCAACAGCCAUGAGCAACUGUCCCACUUUUGGACAGUCCCACUGUACAACAGUUCCAAUGCUAGGCAGUCCCACUGCUGGACAGUCUCAAUGCUGGAAAGUCCCACUGCCGGGUAGCCUCAAUGCUGUACAGUCCCACUUAUGGACAAUCGUCUUCAAAUACUCGUCACUGAGCACGAUCACCAGCUCUUCUCGUGCAGUCCUCGCCGCGUCUGUCAACGGUUGGCAGUUUUUUUUAUGAUUGAAGGAUUACUGGUGGCCCGGAGGCCUUUCCAAUUUUACCAGGACAGCUGGGCGAGCAAAGGCGCAGCCAGGAGGGGUGGAAUUAGCUGCCCGGGCGCCUUCAAAGGAGACCUAACAGCUCACGAGCAGCUGUUAGGUGAAUGAAUCUACUACCGGAUCGGAAUCGCGACCCGCUGAGGGUUGGAAGUAUCUCACGAGCGCGAAGAGUCAACUUUUGAUGAAGUUAUUUUUAAACCCAAUAAGUUUAACAGCACGAACUUCUUAAGACUACGGUUAUUUGGUUUUCAUAUAACCAGUCAUAGAAUUAAUUUUAACUUUCAAUAAGCAUGUUGAUUGUAAUGAAAUUCGAAUUGAUACUCCCAAUGUACCUACUUAAUCUAUUAGUAGAUACGCCACGUCACAGACGCGGAAGGAUACCGACACAGAAAACUUAACAUGUUCUUCGACCAAAACUAAUAUCUUAACCGUCAUGUCAAUUAACAUGUUAUUGAUAAUAAAAUUCACAUCUUCUAUGACGAAAACGUGUCAAUCGUUGUGUAGAAAAUGUAGUAAAUGUUUUAUAUAUUACUUUUUAGUGUGCGUACAAAAGUUAUAACAUCAUUUUGUGCUUUAUGUUGUAUUGUAAUAGUAGAUAAAUUACAAUGGACGACUAAAACCCGUACGUUAUAUGCUAUUUCUAGUAAAAAAUUUUUUUUACUAAAAAUACCUUUUAUUUUUUGGAAUUAAUUUAUCAUUUUACAUCCUGUUUAAACUUUAAUACAUGCAAAGUUCAUAAUGCGAGAUUAACAGAAAGCUUUAUAAUCAAACUUUGUAAAUUAUCUACGACUUACAAAACGUAUGUAUAAAAAUAUGUUGUGAGAAAUAUUAAUUAUAAAUGAUAAAAGUGAGUAAUUUGAUUUUCAAAAUAACAAAAAAAAAAAGUAUCCGUAAUAUCAGUCUGUUGUGUAAAAUUGUAAUGCUAAUUUAAAAAAAAAACUGGAAUGCGAAGAAUCAUAUAACGAGGAAGUAUUAAUAUAUUGGCACAGUACAUUUAAAAGGCGGUAAUAUUAAAAAACACAUUGGCGCGUGCACAGAUUGCACACAAAUUAAUAUUUAUGGUAUUUUAUCCUAUUUAACCAUAGACUACAUAAAGUCUAUAUUUAGGACCAUAGACUAUAUUUAGGACACGGUAAUAAAAAAAACCAGGCCCAUCCCUGAUCACUAAAGCCAUACUAUUUCGAUUGACAGUUUUGCAAAUUUUUUUAACUUGAAAUUUGCAAAACUAUGCACACUUUUGUUUUUACAGUUUAAGAUCCACAGAAAUAAAUAUACACAUAAUCGAAAUUAACAUAAAUAUUAUGUAUUUAAAUCUGGCGUACAACACGGAACAUCGAAUACAAAAUCUAUAAGUCGUAUUUUGACUAACAUUUGCAAUUCAUCGUCUAAAAUAAAAAAUAAAAAAAACUACUCGAUAAUGAGACAGACAUAGAUCUACACAUAGAGUUACUAUUCUAACUGGAGUGCUUACUUCGUUUGACAUAAAAACUAAAAAUAUACUUUAUCUCUAUGGCUUAAAGUUUAUUUUUAAAUAGCAAAAGAUGUAAGGAAAAACGGUCUGAAAAGAGAAUGAUUAUUAAGUGGUGGUGUCCCUCUCGCACAUUUUACAAACAAAAAGCAGUGUUGCUAGCUUAGAGGAUUUUCCAUAAAAUCUCGGAAUUUGGACCCCGUCUUCGUUAUCAAAAAUGGCUUUUAGUGGUUAGUGGAUUUUUUAGUAGCUUGGGUGUUGUUGAAAAUUAUCGAAAAGUUUAAAAUCAAUCCACUUUACAGGAUUUUAAACAUUUUAUGACAAUAAUAUAUCUAAAUACAUAUUAUUUAAACGAAGUGACUUAAACUUAACUAGAAAAUGUUGCGAGAAUUUAGAAUUUCCAUCAACGUCAAAAAUUAAAUUGGUUCAAAAUAAACGUACAAAGUUAUGGUGAAAUUAGUUUCUGAUGAUGACAAUUUAUUAAAAUAAAUUAUAUAAGAAGUAUUGAUUAUAUGAUAUAUAUUGAUUUUUAAUAGAACAUCAUAUAUUAAUAAAGCUUAUUAACAAAAAAAUUAUUGUUCUAUGUUAAUAAGAACUCUGUUUAAUGGAAAAUUUAAUGGUAGGUACGUAGAUUUCUGAUGGUUUUCAUGUUGAAUUUGGUGGGAAGCCAGAUUAAUUGUUGGCAUCACCGAAAAAGAGCUAUGAAUGGAUUAAAAGAAAAAUGGCGUCUAUUUACGUUUGUAGUGCGAAGUUAAAAUGGCACUGAUACAGCUUGUGGCUUGUUUUUUUUUCGAAAAUCGUGAAAGUUUCCGUGUAAUCAUGGUGAACACUUUUAAUGUAAGUGGUUUUAAGCGAGAAUCGUCUCCAGUUUGUGGAAUAUCCUUCCAUAUGUCAGAUUCAUUGAUAAAUUUUUACUAGUGUGAGCAUAUAUUUUUAAAAUGUGAGAUAUUUUUUCUCAUUAUAAUAUUUAAUACCAUUUGUCUUGUAAAUUGUACUUAAUCUAUGUCAUAUACUAAAUUUGAAAAAACAAUCGUGAAAACUAUAAUUUUGCAAUGUAUUUUUCAUUUUAUAAGAGCCAUCACGUGGUAUUUUUUGAACUUUUUUUAUUGUAUUGAAUAGCGUCGCACGGAAGCAUGUAUAUCAUUUGCCUGACGUUAAGCGAACGAGUAGGAUCUUCUAGUAAAUAUGACGUUGGAAUUUCUGGAAAAUGUCCUAUAUAAAGGUCAAACAAGAAGAAUCAAGUACUCAAACGCAAGAAAUAAAAAAUACCCCGAGAAAAGCAAAAUUACGACAAGAUGUUAAGGUAUUGAAACAAAAACUUAAAAGUCGCGAAAUAGUGAUUGUAAAUAUAAAGUCGAUUUUAGAUUUAUUAAAGAAAAAUGGCGAUUUUUAAUUGAAUUGAAAUUUAAAUUGCGAAAUUUUAAUGAUACUCAUGGUCCACUUAGAUAUUGAUUAAAAUAAAUUAUGUAUUUCGUUGAAAAAAAAGAAUUUACUUAAAAUAGAGGAAAUGUUAUAUUAUAAGACUACAGAAAAUUAACUGAACUUAAUAAUAAUAAUAUGUAUAACCAAUAUUUUGUAAAUAGAGAUCAAGUACUAUGUGUAUCGUGUUAUGUGUAUUGACUUGUCAUUUAAGAGUUAUUUAAUUGUCUACAUAUAACAAAUAAAUGAAUUUCAGUUCAUUUCAUUUUAUUA